CAGCCGCGGCUCAGCCUGGGUCCCUCUGCUCCCGACCCGAGUGCCCGAAGCAGGCUUUGGUUUCAUGUCAGCAGCCUUCAUCUGCCUUCCAAAAAUAAGCCCCUGCCGCCAUGCCGAGGGGAGAAAAACAAGAAGGGCGGUAUUUUUAGGGCCAUUAAUUCUGACCACGUGCCUGAGAGGCAAGGUGGAUGGCCCUGGGACAGAGGCUGUUCAUCACUAUGUCCCGGGGAGCAGGACGUCUUCAGGGUACGCUGCAGGCUCUCGUCUUCCUAGGCGUCCUAGUGGGCAUGGUGGUGCCCUCGCCUGCGGGCACCCGCGCCAACAGCACGCUGCUGGACUCGAGGGGCUGGGGCACCCUGCUGUCCAGGUCUCGCGCUGGGCUGGCUGGAGAGAUUGCCGGGGUGAAUUGGGAAAGUGGCUAUUUGGUGGGGAUCAAGCGGCAGCGGAGGCUCUACUGCAACGUGGGCAUCGGCUUUCACCUCCAGGUGCCCCCCGACGGCCGGAUCAGCGGGACCCACGAGGAGAACCCCUACAGCCUGCUGGAGAUUUCCACAGUGGAGCGAGGCGUGGUGAGUCUCUUUGGAGUGAAAAGUGCCCUCUUCGUUGCCAUGAACAGUAAAGGAAGAUUAUACACAACGCCCAGCUUCCAAGAGGAAUGCAAGUUCAGAGAAACCCUCCUGCCCAACAACUACAAUGCCUAUGAGUCAGACCUGUACCGAGGGACUUACAUCGCACUAAGCAAAUAUGGACGGGUAAAGCGGGGCAGCAAGGUGUCCCCAAUCAUGACCGUCACUCACUUCCUUCCCAGGAUAUAAGGACCCUGAAAGACAGCUCACAGGUUGAAAGCAGCAUCUUUUCUACUGGGAUUUUGCACAAGUGAACAAUUCCUUCCCUCUCACCCCCGCCAUGACUCCUGAGUCAGGCUUCUCUUCUCUCGUAUGCUUGGGAAGACCUGAGUUGGUUCCCUUGGCCACUGGACCCAUGGCAUUUAAUCCACUCAAAGGGGUUGCAGCCAGCAUCCUAGAAUGGCAAUGGAUCCCAUGUUCUGACCUCACUUAAGGAAAGGAGGUGCAGAUGACAGUUGUGGAAUGUGACCACGUGCACAGGAAAAGGCCAGGGUGGAAGUAUGUGUGUGUGUUGCUGUAUAUCCAUACAUCUUGGUAUAUAUAAUGUCAGAGCAAAGGCAUUUCAAAGCAUCAGGUUUCUUUCUCCCUGCAUCAUUGCUGCAGGAGUCUGCCUGCAAGAAUGUCACUUGUCAAACCAA